AAGGUGUCUGUCCAUCAUAACCGAGGUCGGACUGGAGUGGGCGAGGCAGCUCAGGGGGCGGAGUCGUGCUCCAGGCUCCGCCCCGGAGCCGGCGCCGGGCUGGAAUAGGCGGGCGGCUGCUAGGGCGGGGCGGGAAGGCGGCGAGGAGCCGAGCUGGGUGCGGUGAGGCGCGCAGAUCACCGCGGUUCCCGGGAAGGGUACGGAAGGCUGAGCGAGACUGACCUCCUGCAGCUCCCGCCUCGCGCGCUCGCCCCCCACCCCCGCCGUCGCCCGAGCGCUCGAGAAAGCCCUUUCGGGAGAAGCAGCGCCCGUUCCCCGGCGCAGAUCCAGGUUCAGGUCCUGGCUGUAAGUCACCAUGGCGCAGCAAGCUGCUGAUAAGUAUCUCUAUGUGGAUAAAAACUUCAUCAAUAACCCGCUGGCCCAGGCCGACUGGGCGGCUAAGAAGCUGGUCUGGGUGCCUUCUGACAAGAGUGGCUUUGAGCCCGCCAGCCUCAAGGAAGAGGUGGGCGAGGAGGCCAUCGUGGAGCUGGUGGAAAACGGGAAGAAGGUGAAAGUGAACAAGGAUGACAUCCAGAAGAUGAACCCACCCAAGUUCUCCAAGGUCGAGGACAUGGCCGAGCUCACGUGCCUCAACGAAGCAUCGGUGCUGCACAAUCUCAAGGAGCGUUACUACUCAGGGCUAAUCUACACCUAUUCAGGCCUGUUCUGUGUGGUCAUCAAUCCUUAUAAGAACCUGCCCAUCUACUCCGAGGAGAUCGUGGAAAUGUACAAGGGCAAGAAGAGGCACGAGAUGCCCCCCCACAUCUAUGCCAUCACAGACACUGCCUACAGGAGUAUGAUGCAAGACCGAGAGGACCAGUCCAUUCUGUGCACGGGAGAGUCUGGAGCCGGCAAGACGGAGAACACCAAGAAAGUCAUUCAGUACCUGGCUCACGUGGCCUCCUCUCACAAGAGCAAGAAGGACCAGGGCGAGUUGGAGCGACAGCUGCUGCAGGCCAACCCCAUCCUGGAGGCCUUCGGGAACGCCAAGACUGUGAAGAACGACAACUCCUCCCGAUUUGGCAAAUUCAUUCGCAUUAACUUUGAUGUCAAUGGCUACAUCGUGGGAGCCAACAUUGAGACUUAUCUUUUGGAGAAAUCUCGUGCUAUCCGCCAAGCCAAGGAGGAACGGACCUUCCACAUCUUCUACUACCUCCUGUCCGGGGCUGGAGAGCACCUGAAGACUGAUCUCCUGUUGGAGCCAUACAACAAAUACCGCUUCCUGUCCAACGGGCACGUCACCAUCCCAGGGCAGCAGGACAAGGACAUGUUCCAGGAGACCAUGGAGGCCAUGAGGAUUAUGGGCAUCCCAGAAGAGGAACAAAUGGGCUUGCUGAGGGUCAUCUCGGGAGUUCUUCAGCUCGGCAACAUCGUCUUCAAGAAGGAGCGUAACACCGACCAGGCAUCCAUGCCUGACAACACAGCCGCCCAAAAAGUGUCCCACCUCCUGGGGAUCAAUGUGACAGAUUUCACCAGAGGAAUCCUCACCCCGCGCAUCAAGGUGGGACGGGACUACGUCCAGAAGGCACAGACUAAGGAACAGGCUGACUUUGCCAUUGAGGCCUUGGCCAAGGCCACCUACGAGCGAAUGUUCCGCUGGCUGGUGCUGCGGAUCAACAAGGCUCUGGACAAGACCAAGAGGCAGGGCGCCUCUUUCAUCGGGAUCCUGGACAUCGCUGGUUUCGAGAUCUUUGAUCUCAACUCGUUCGAGCAGCUGUGCAUCAACUACACCAACGAGAAGCUGCAGCAGCUCUUCAACCACACGAUGUUCAUCCUGGAGCAGGAGGAAUACCAGCGCGAGGGCAUCGAGUGGAACUUCAUCGACUUCGGCCUCGACCUGCAGCCCUGCAUCGACCUCAUCGAGAAGCCAGCUGGUCCCCCUGGCAUCCUGGCCCUGCUGGACGAGGAAUGCUGGUUCCCCAAAGCCACCGACAAGAGCUUCGUGGAGAAGGUGGUGCAGGAGCAGGGCACCCACCCCAAGUUCCAGAAGCCUAAGCAACUGAAGGACAAAGCUGAUUUCUGCAUCAUCCACUACGCAGGCAAGGUGGAUUACAAAGCUGACGAGUGGCUGAUGAAGAACAUGGACCCCCUGAACGACAACAUCGCCACGCUUCUGCACCAGUCCUCCGACAAGUUCGUCUCGGAGCUGUGGAAGGAUGUGGACCGCAUCAUCGGCCUGGACCAGGUGGCCGGCAUGUCGGAGACGGCGCUGCCCGGGGCCUUCAAGACUCGGAAGGGCAUGUUCCGCACCGUGGGGCAGCUCUACAAGGAGCAGCUGGCCAAGCUGAUGGCCACGCUGCGGAACACCAACCCCAACUUCGUCCGCUGCAUCAUCCCCAACCACGAGAAGAAGGCUGGCAAACUGGACCCCCACCUGGUGCUGGAUCAGCUGCGCUGCAACGGGGUUCUAGAAGGCAUCCGCAUCUGCCGCCAGGGCUUUCCCAACAGGGUGGUUUUCCAGGAGUUCCGGCAGCGAUACGAGAUCCUGACACCAAACUCCAUUCCUAAGGGCUUCAUGGACGGGAAGCAGGCGUGUGUGCUCAUGAUCAAAGCCUUGGAGCUGGACAGCAACCUGUACCGCAUCGGCCAGAGUAAGGUCUUCUUCCGGGCCGGUGUGCUGGCCCACCUGGAGGAGGAGCGGGACCUGAAGAUCACCGACGUCAUCAUCGGGUUCCAGGCCUGCUGCAGAGGCUACCUGGCCAGGAAGGCCUUCGCCAAGCGGCAACAGCAGCUGACGGCCAUGAAGGUCCUGCAGAGGAACUGCGCCGCCUACCUGAAGCUGCGGAACUGGCAGUGGUGGCGGCUCUUCACCAAGGUCAAGCCGCUGCUGCAGGUGAGCCGGCAGGAGGAGGAGAUGAUGGCCAAGGAGGAGGAGCUGGUGAAGGUCCGCGAGAAGCAGCUGGCUGCUGAGAACAGGCUCACGGAGAUGGAGACGCUCCAGUCCCAGCUCAUGGCGGAGAAGUUACAGCUGCAGGAGCAGCUCCAGGCGGAAACGGAACUGUGUGCCGAGGCGGAAGAGCUGCGGGCCCGCCUGACCGCCAAGAAGCAGGAGCUGGAAGAGAUCUGCCAUGACCUGGAGGCCAGGGUGGAGGAGGAGGAGGAGCGCUGCCAGCACCUGCAGGCCGAGAAGAAGAAAAUGCAGCAGAACAUCCAGGAACUGGAGGAGCAGCUGGAGGAGGAGGAGAGCGCCCGCCAGAAGCUGCAGCUGGAGAAGGUGACCACCGAGGCCAAGCUCAAGAAGCUGGAAGAAGACCAGAUCAUCAUGGAGGACCAGAACUGCAAGCUGGCCAAGGAAAAGAAGCUUCUGGAAGACAGAAUAGCGGAAUUUACCACCAAUCUCAUGGAAGAGGAGGAGAAAUCCAAGAGCCUUGCCAAACUCAAGAACAAACACGAGGCGAUGAUCACCGACCUGGAAGAGCGCCUCCGGAGGGAGGAGAAGCAGCGUCAGGAGCUGGAGAAGACCCGCCGGAAGCUGGAGGGAGACUCCACCGACCUCAACGACCAGAUCGCCGAGCUGCAGGCCCAGAUCGCCGAGCUCAAGAUGCAGCUGGCCAAGAAAGAGGAGGAGCUACAGGCCGCGUUGGCCAGAGUGGAGGAGGAAGCCACCCAGAAGAACAUGGCCCUGAAGAAGAUUCGGGAGCUGGAAUCACAGAUUUCCGAACUCCAGGAAGACCUGGAAUCUGAGCGAGCUUCCAGGAAUAAAGCUGAGAAGCAGAAGCGGGACCUCGGGGAGGAGCUGGAGGCUCUGAAAACAGAACUGGAGGACACUCUGGACUCCACGGCAGCCCAGCAGGAGCUCAGGUCCAAACGCGAACAGGAAGUGAACAUCCUGAAGAAGACCCUCGAGGAAGAGGCCAAGACCCACGAGGCACAGAUCCAGGAGAUGAGGCAGAAGCACUCACAGGCUGUGGAAGAGCUGGCUGAGCAGCUAGAGCAGACGAAGCGAGUGAAAGCCAACCUGGAGAAGGCGAAGCAGACCCUGGAGAACGAGCGAGGGGAGCUGGCCAACGAGGUGAAGGUCCUGCUGCAGGGCAAAGGGGACUCCGAGCAUAAGCGGAAGAAAGUGGAGGCCCAGCUGCAGGAGCUGCAGGUGAAGUUCAACGAGGGAGAGCGAGUGCGCACGGAGCUGGCCGACAAGGUCACCAAGCUGCAGGUUGAGCUGGACAACGUGACCGGUCUCCUCACCCAGUCUGACAGCAAGUCCAGCAAACUCACCAAGGACUUCUCUGCUCUGGAGUCACAGCUGCAGGACACACAGGAGCUGCUGCAGGAGGAGAACCGGCAGAAGCUGGGCCUGAGCACCAAGCUGAAGCAGAUGGAAGAUGAGAAGAACUCCUUCAAGGAGCAGCUGGAAGAGGAGGAGGAGGCCAAGCGGAACCUGGAGAAGCAGAUCGCCACCCUCCACGCCCAGAUGACGGACGUGAAGAAGAAAAUGGAGGACGGCGUGGGGUGCCUGGAGAUAGCAGAGGAAGCCAAGAGGAAGCUCCAGAAGGACCUAGAGGGGCUGAGCCAGCGCUAUGAGGAGAAGGCGGCCGCCUAUGACAAGCUGGAGAAGACGAAGACGCGGCUACAGCAGGAGCUGGACGACCUGCUCGUGGACCUGGAUCACCAGCGCCAGACCGCCUCCAACCUGGAGAAGAAGCAGAAGAAGUUCGACCAGCUGCUGGCCGAGGAGAAGACCAUCUCUGCCAAGUACGCGGAGGAGCGCGACCGGGCGGAGGCGGAGGCCCGGGAGAAGGAGACCAAGGCGCUGUCGCUGGCCCGGGCCCUGGAGGAGGCCAUGGAGCAGAAGGCAGAGCUGGAGCGGCUCAACAAGCAGUUCCGCACAGAGAUGGAGGACCUCAUGAGUUCCAAGGACGACGUCGGCAAGAGCGUCCACGAGCUGGAGAAGUCCAAGCGGGCCCUGGAGCAGCAGGUGGAGGAGAUGAAGACCCAGCUGGAGGAGCUGGAGGACGAGCUGCAGGCCACCGAGGACGCCAAGCUGCGGCUCGAGGUCAACCUGCAGGCCAUGAAGGCCCAGUUCGAGCGGGACCUGCAGGGCCGCGACGAGCAGAGCGAGGAGAAGAAGAAGCAGCUGGUCAGACAGGUGCGGGAGGUGGAGGCAGAGCUGGAGGACGAGAAGAAGCAGCGCUCGAUGGCGGUGGCAGCUCGGAAGAAGCUGGAGAUGGACCUGAAAGACCUGGAGGCCCACGUCGACUCAGCCAACAAGAACCGGGACGAGGCCAUCAAGCAGCUGCGGAAGCUGCAGGCCCAGAUGAAGGACUACGUACGGGAGCUGGAAGACACGCGCACCUCCCGCGAGGAGAUCCUGGCACAGGCCAAGGAGAACGAGAAGAAGCUAAAGAGUAUGGAGGCCGAGAUGAUCCAGCUGCAGGAGGAACUGGCAGCUGCCGAGCGUGCGAAGCGCCAGGCCCAGCAGGAGCGGGACGAGCUGGCCGACGAGAUUGCCAACAGCAGCGGCAAAGGAGCCCUGGCCUUGGAGGAGAAGCGGCGCCUGGAGGCCCGCAUCGCCCAGCUGGAGGAGGAGCUGGAGGAGGAGCAGGGCAACACGGAGCUGGUGAACGACCGGCUGAAGAAGGCGAACCUGCAGAUCGACCAGAUCAACACCGACCUGAACCUCGAGCGCAGCCACGCCCAGAAAAACGAGAAUGCGCGGCAGCAGCUGGAGCGCCAGAACAAGGAGCUCAAGGUCAAGUUGCAGGAGAUGGAGGGCACUGUCAAGUCCAAAUACAAGGCUUCCAUCACCGCCCUCGAGGCCAAGAUCGCACAGCUGGAGGAGCAGCUGGACAACGAGACCAAGGAGCGCCAGGCGGCCUGCAAGCAGGUGCGUCGGGCCGAGAAGAAGCUCAAGGACGUGUUGCUGCAGGUGGAUGACGAGCGGAGGAACGCCGAGCAGUUCAAGGACCAGGCUGACAAGGCAUCCACCCGCCUGAAGCAGCUCAAGCGGCAGCUGGAGGAGGCGGAAGAGGAGGCCCAGCGGGCCAACGCCUCCCGCCGGAAACUGCAGCGUGAGCUGGAAGACGCCACUGAGACGGCCGACGCCAUGAACCGCGAGGUCAGCUCCCUCAAGAACAAGCUCAGGCGAGGAGACCUGCCGUUUGUCGUGCCCCGCCGGAUGGCCCGGAAAGGUGCUGGUGACUGCUCGGACGAGGAGGUGGACGGCAAAGCCGACGGGGCCGAGGCCAAAGCUGCCGAGUAACCUCUCCUCCUGCUGCCCGAGACGGACGGACCGACCGACAGAUGACUCCGCCUCCCCUUCCUAGCCCCCGCAGCACCCCCUCCGCCUUCUUGGGACUGCUGUGAUCGUGACCUCCCCACCCCAUCCCACCAGGCCAGGGGACCUCAGGCCUGCACCCCACCCCCUGCCCACCCCCCAGGCCUUUUUGAGGGCGUUUGGCUUCCUCUGCUGCAGCCGCCUCCUGCUCCCCUCCCGCCCCCCAGAAUCUGAUACCAAAGAGUCAGAGUCUUGGGCCCCUGGCCUGGGAACAGAGCAACCAGCAGGAUCUUUGGCCCUCUCUUGCCAAAAAGCACAAGAUGGUGAGGCAAGGCGGGCAGGCCACCGGGGACGGGCAAGAGAGUUUUCUACGAAUCUAUUUUUCUCCAGACUAAGAAGUUUUGAUAGCUCGACACCCCAGCAGAGUUGUCACCUUCCCCCUCCUCCGCCACCAGCUCCCCUUCCUUCUUUGCUGUUGGCAAUCACACACGGUGACCUCACACCCUCCGCCCCGUCGGCCCCCCACUCCCGUGGGCCCUGGGCGAUCGGGCAGGAGCAGGCCCAGGGACGCCACCUCUGUGCAGGGCACAGAAUGCGGGGGGUGGGGGGGUGGGGAAGGAGGGUCAUUCCUCCCCACCCCCCCUGGGCAGCGCCACUGUCCUCUUCCUGAUUCUACAGCGUCUCAAGUGCAAUGACGGCCCCCCUCCCUCCUUUGCCGAGGGCAGCCUGCCCCCUGCCACAGCGAGGCUGUGGGGCCAAGCAGACCGGGCCCAGGGGCCAAGCUGGAAAGGCCCGCCGUGGCUUCUCCCAACAUUCUUGGGGACCAAAUAUAUUUAAUGGUUAAGGGACUUGUCCCAAGUCUGACAGCCAGAGCAUUCAUUGCAAAGGGCCAGUGGCCCUCCCGUGAUCUCAUACCUACUCUAGGACUGGGGCCCGAGGGUAGAUUAUCCGCAGCAUUGACUGAGCACGGUUUGAAUCUCUGCCAUCUGCACAGAUGUUUCUGAAAAGAAAAAAAAAAAGUUUUCUUUUUUUUUCCCCUUCUUACAAUAAAUGAUACAAUUCCAAGUCUUUAUCACUGCCUCUCCUUUGGAACCACGUUUAGAAGAGAAUAGUUUGUCCUGCGCUGGUCUACACUGGCUGCUGAAUUAAUUCACCUGUGUUCCUGUUUUGUAUAUGCUGCAUUUAGACUUACUUAUGGCAAAGAAAGCAUUUUUUUUUUUUUUAAAGGAAACAAACUCAACAAAUCAUGAAGAUACACGAAAGCUACAUAUGCCUAAAAAGCUCUGAAUUCAGGUCCCAGUUGCUGUCACAAAGGAGUGAACGGAGCUCCCAGCCCCACCCCUUUUUUAUAUAAUAAAAGUGCCUUAGCAUGCGUUACGGCUGUCACCACUACAGUUAGCUGGUUUACAGAUGUUUUCCACUGAGCGUCACAAUAAAGAGUACCACGUGCUACGA